GGGGUUUUUAAACGAACAACUUCACUAGGAAAGUAAGAGGAAACCAAAACCAAACCAAGAAAAUAUGAAAACUUUGGCUGGCACGGAGUCUGCAGCUCAGCUUCGGCUCUGCUUUGUCCCUGCCUCGCCUGGCCUAGGACGCCGCAACCCUUCUCAACCCCUGUGCAACUCCCCAGCUCGUGGGCUUCAUGGGCCCCUCCCGGGGUGCACGGGGGCAGUGCUGCCACAGGUUUCCAGAGGUGCACCGGGUGUGGCAUGGCAUUCCUCACCCGCACCCCAGCCCAGGCCUGCUCCAGAGCCUCUGUCACUGGAUUCUGCUCAGUGGGGACACAGGAGAAGCCACAAGGCUGGCAGGGGCAGGAUGGAAAUAGCAAGGGGCUGACUGGCCACAGGUGUGGUCAGUAGGACAAGAGUGCAGGGAAAGGCUGUAAAGAGGGGAUCUGGGGGUAUUUAUGGAAGAGAAAUAGUUUGGUCCCAGGUCACUUGCACCCUCAAAAGGGCUGCCACAUUUCCAAGCAGGGCUUUUGAGAGAGAACCUCCCUGGGUAUGGGAUCCUCACUCAGCAGUCCUGGGAGCUAAGCAGGAGGGGAGCUAGGUCCACCGUGAAAGCCUCUAAGUUGAUGGGGGACAUGAGCCCCAUCUGAGGAGCCACCAAAUUGGGACCCUUUUCUGGGAACCCACAUCUCCUGGAAACCCCAGGAGGAUGAGGAGUCCCAAUCUGAUGGGGAGCACGAAGCCUCACCCUUGAGCUGGGGAGAUUGUCUGCGGUCACUCGGGCACAAAAGAGCUCCAGCUACACAUGGAUAAGGCCCAGCAGACAGGGCAGUGAGGACGGAGGGCGGGCACGUCAGCGCAGAUAACCCGCAUCUGGGGUUGGGAGCCCAGCAUUGCCAGCGUGGGUCUAGGGUGCAUGAAGGGGGGCACAGGCAGGACGCAGGGACAGGCCCAGCCCCUACCUCUGUGCUCUGGACCUCAGUGUCCCCUCCCCUGCCCCUCUGGCGGGGCUCAAGGAUGCCUUCUGCAUCACUGAACCCAUCUGUGUGAGGCUUGCUUACACCUUCCUCUUUUGUGUCGGGAAGUCAAAAGCCAAAGUGCUAAGCUGUGUGGUCACUGGGGGAACACGGAGCCUAAGAGUGUGAAGGGACAGAGAGGAGAGCACAGGGAGGUUUGGCGCAGACGGAUGACAGGGAGGCGGGCGGGGCAGAGAGGCUCAGGACCAUGGCUGAGGCCAUCACGUAUGCGGACCUGCGGUUUGUGAAGGCUCCCCUGAAGAAGAGCGUCUCCAUCCAGAUGGGACAGGGACAGGACCCCGAGGCUGACGAGGACGGGGAACUCACCUACGAGAACGUGCAAGUGACCCCAGCCCCAGGGGGGCCCUCGGGCUUGGUGUCCUCUGGACCAGAUGCAGGGGUCAAGGCGGAGCCACCAGCUGCGGCCUGGCGCUCCGUGACGUCACCGGCUGCCAGGCUGGCUCUGUCCUGCCGCGCACCCUGCUGGCAUUACCUCCUGCUCUGCCUGCUCCUCACCUUCCUGCUGUUAGGAGUGGCCGCCACCUGCCUGGGAGUGCGCUAUCUGCAGGCGUCUCAGCAGCUCCAGCAGAUGAACAGGGUUCUGGAAGCCACUAACAGCAGCCUGAGGCAGCAGCUCCGCCUAAAGAUAACUCAGCUGGGGCAGAGGGAAGAGGACCUGCAGGGGUCCAGGAGAGAGCUGGCACAGAGUCAGGAAGCACUACAGGCAGAACAGAGGGUUCACCAGGCUGCGGAAGAGCAGUUGCGGGCCUGUCAGUCAGACAGGGAGAAGACAAAUAAGAGCUUGCAAGGUGAGAAGGAGCGCAGGAGCACCUUGGAGCAGCAGCUGAGCAGCAUUCAGGACACACUGAAGCCCCUCCUCUCAUGCCAAUCACAAGAUACCUGCUGUCCAGUGGGAUGGAUACAGUACUCGAAAAGCUGCUUUUACUUCUCACCUACUCGGAAAAGUUGGCAAAUGAGCAAAAAUCUUUGUGAAUCUCUGUCCUCCAAGCUGGCCACCUUCAGUGAAACUUAUCAAAAUUCACUUUUUCAACACAUCAAGUCAAGUCUGUUUUCAUCACUUGAUUCAGAAGAUUCAUAUUGGAUUAGUAAGGACGUUAAUUGGCAGAGGACACACUACUCUGUGUCCUAUAGUCGAAUCCAAAGAUGUGUCAAGCUACAAAAAUCGUGGCCAUGGCAUAGCAAGCCAGAAAGAAUACAGCAAGAGAUGGAGACAUGUUCAACUCUUCUUCCCUGCAUCUGUGAGAUGGCAGCUUUCAGGUUUCCAGAUGGGCACCACUGAGCUAGACACUCAGGCCAACAACAGCCUGUGCCCCUCAUCCCUACCUGUGGCCUGCAGUCCUAAGAUCAUUCUCUCACUCCCCGGCACUCUCACUGAG